CACAAGUAAAUAAAAUGUACGUUACCCGGUGCAGAAGUUUAAUAAAGCCUUUGAAGUCCAAACCACUCGUUUCCAGCAUUUCCUGGUUAACUUUCUCCCCAUUUGUGGAGCGGCAAUCGUAAAUACGAAUCCUUCUGCGUACUUUUCCUCCCUCCAUGAAGGCUGGAGAGAGAAACACCUUCUUAACCUCAAUGUAUAGGAGCUCACGUUCACUAGCUAGCUAAGCUACGUGUGCCAUGCAGUUUGCAGUCGUCCCAGACUUUUUACAAAUACCCACGGUGAUUGAACUGCAUGUUAUGCAGCUGUCCCUGCCUACAGCUUCACACACUCUGUCCUGUCUUCGUAGUUAGUUUGCGUGCAGUUCGCUUGUACGGAAGCUCAUUGGACAUACACACAGCAUUUACUUCCGCAAAAUGGAAAACAGAAACACAGCGCUCAGUUGUAAAAGGCGCUCUGCCUUCGGUAUCAUUUUCAGAGAAAUCCUGUUGUGCGGAUACGUUUUGUGUUUGUUUUUGUUGGGCGGGACAUGGCUGCUGCACCGUGACACAGCGAGCUACUUGUAACAUCUACGUGCGUUGAUAGCAUAGGUUGAUACCAGAUAGAGCCACAGAUUUGACUAUGUCCGUGGUGCUGGUAAACACGCAGGGCUGUGUUUUGGAUGCACGCUCCCUCAUUGAUAAGGGAUAUUUGCAAUGCAUCCGAGUAAGAGAAAAUAAUCAGAAGUCACAUGUGAAUUGCCGUUUCAAAGGGCAGUGUUUUCAGAUCUUAAAAAGCCAUUUGGAUGCGAUUGCUAGUGUUGCUGCUGAUGGAGGAAACAUAGAAACGUUGCAGAAAACAGACAAACCAACGAAGAAGAGGAAAAGAAAACACAGUGAAUUCAACCAGGGGGAAAUUGAUUCACAGGCUUUCCAUAAGAAGAUCAGGUCUGUCGUCCUGGAGGGAACCAAGUCCUUGGUGGAUUCUGCCCGAUCCCUGGGAUAUCUUAAUGGCACUUCAACAACAGACACGGUGAAGGAGCCUCUUCCCUCUCAGGAGUGCAGCCUUGCCGCUCUCUGUGAAAUGGCCAAAGAGCUUCCUCUAGUGGACGAUGAGCAGCAGGAGGAGUGUGCUCAGCCACUUGUUACUGCAGGUGGCAGUACGUCACAUGUGGACUUGUUCUCUCGAGUCACAGAGAAUAGGGCAGACUGGGCAACAGUGGUCACACUGAUGGGAGAGGAGUAUGUAAUACCACCACACACAGCCUUCCUGCUUUCUGAUUUCACAAAAAUACAACCCCUAGUCCACUAUGGAAGAAGGUUUGACUUAAUAGUGAUGGAUCCACCGUGGGAAAACAAGUCUGUGAAAAGAAGUCGAAGAUACAGUUGUUUGCCCUCAUCCCAGCUAAAACGGUUGCCUAUACCCUUACUGGCCUCCCCAAACUGUUUAGUGGUCACCUGGGUCACAAACAGGCCCAGCCACCUGCGGUUUGUCCGUGAUGAGCUGUAUCCACACUGGGGGGUAGAAGUUGUGGCUGAAUGGCUCUGGAUCAAGGUGACCACAUCUGGAGAGUUUGUGUUUCCACUGGAUUCUCAUCAUAAGAAGCCAUAUGAAGUGCUGGUGCUGGGACGAUUUCGUCCCUCUUCAGAUAACGAAACAAGCUCUUCAGAGGCAUCAGAGGUUCCUGUGGAGGAUCAGCGUUUGAUUGUCAGCGUCCCAUCAGCUCACCACUCCCAGAAGCCCUCACUCUCAGUUCAUUCCUAA